CAGUCCUUCUUGGCUAAGGAGAAAAAUAAUAAGUCUUCUAGUAGUCUGGUUCAUCGUUCGAAAUUCCGCGCGAUACAACGUGCGGCAAAAAGAAAGGUGGAUAUACAAAAGGGCGUACACUUUCUCUGAAGCCAAGCUGCAAAAAAAGAUAAAACUCUGUGACGCUUUCCCCUGUUAGCUUUAAUCUAAUCAAGUAAUUCUCCAAAAAGAGUUCACAAUCCCUAAAAUGACGGGAUUCUUUUUUCGCCAUUUUUCGCCGAGGAGCUCUCAAAUCAUGGGUCGUUACCUGAGAGCUCUGAGAGCUAGAGUGGCAAGGAAGCGAAGGGUUAAUAAGCGUCUGAGACGGUCACUGAGAGCUAUGCAACGUGCAGCUGCAGAGAUCGAGCAGCAGAAUUGGAGGAUCAGGGGUGAGAAGGAGCUCGUGUCUGUAGCCAAUAUCCUCAGCGAUCAAUGGGUUUACGCUUGUCUCGUUGAGGUUGAAAACGACCCUUUGAUGAGGAACGCUUUUGAAAGAAUCAAUGCUCAGGAUCUUGAUGGAAGGAACAUUACUAAUCGUGACCAAACUCAACCUCUCCGGGACGGCGGCGCCAACGCCGACCGCCGUGAAUAGCGUGACGGUGGUUUCCAUUCCUCUAGAGGUGGUUGUCAGACAUCAUAUGAAACAAACUACCACUUCAAGUCUUCAAUUCUGUUCAAACAAUCUCUCCGACAACAUAUAAAGUUGUCGCUGGCCUUCCCUCAAGUGUGCCACGUUGUCCUUUUUAAGAUUUUUUUAAGCUUAAACAAACGGUAUGUUUUGAUUUGUUUUGGGUAUUAAAAGUUUUU